AUGGAAGCAGCAAAUGCUAAUUGUGGCAUAAUAUCUUCCAACUUGAAUCACAUUCCGGUUCUCAAUGGGACUAACUUUAAGGAAUGGAAAGAGAACAUUAUGUUAGUUCUUGGCUGCAUGGAUCUUGACCUUGCACUUCGGAUUGAGCAACCCAUCCUUACUGCCACAAGUUCAGUGGAGAAUAAAAGGGAUGCUGAAAAAUGGGAUCGCUCAAAUCGCAUGAGUCUAAUGAUCAUUAAGCGCGACGUUCCAGAAGCUUUUAGAGGUGCGAAUGAGCGGUCCAUUAAUGCUAAAGAUUUUCUUGCUGAAAUUGAACAACGUUUUGCAAAAAAUGAUAAGGCUGAAACAAGUACUUUUUUGCAAAAGAUGAUUUCAAUGAAGUAUAAAGGCAAAGGAAACAUAAGGGAGCACAUCAUGGAAAUGUCUCAUCUUGCUUCAAAACUUAAGGCAUUGAAACUAGAAAUUUCUGAUGAUUUUCUAGUUCAUUUGGUGUUGCUUUCUCUUCCUGCACAAUUUAACCAGUUCAAGGUCAGUUACAACUGCCAAAGGGACAAAUGGACUCUUAAUGAGCUCAUUUCCUUUUGUGUGCAAGAAGAAGAAAGGAUGAAGCAAGAAACAACUGAGAGUGCUCAUUUUGCUAGUACCUCUAAAGAACCUGGUCAUUUGAAGCCGGAUUGUCCAAAAUACCACGCUUGGCGAGUUAAGAAAGGGUUGCCUGAACUACCGAAAACCAAAUGA